ACGUAGCAAAUGUGAAAAUGCAGUUGAAAUUUAUGAAAACUGUAGUUGAAGCACAGGAUUACCUGUACCGCGUGGCAGGCCUGUGCUGGUCGCCGAAUAAUCAAAAACUAGCGGUGGCUACUGCGGAUCGCACUAUUCUACUGUUUGACGAAAAUGGCGAACGGCGAGACAAAUUUUCCACGAAACCCGGGGAUCCAAAUGCUGGCAAAAGUUCGUACGUGAUUCGCGGGAUUGCCUUCAGUCCGGAUUCCAGUCGGUUGGCGGUAGCUCAGAGUGACAGCAUUGUCUAUGUGUACAAAUUAGGUGAAUCAUGGAACGAGAAAAAGGUUAUUUGCAAUAAAUUCCCGCAAGGAGGAGCUCUUACGUGCCUGGCUUGGUUGUCCGGGGGAAUGAUUAUCGCCGGAUUGGAGGACGGAAAAGUGCGUUCGUUGCACUGUAAGAAUAAUAAGUCGAAAACGUUGUAUGCUGCGGAAAGUCUAGUUGUUGCGUUGGCUCCGAACGCCCGAGGUACAGGGUUUGUUUCUGGUCAUGAGGACGGAUCUGUUAUAAAGUUUUAUAUUAUUGAAGAACCCGGGGAACCAUCCGGUAGGGUACUUCAGCAUCCGGUGGCACCGGUGUCAUUAGCUUGGCCUCAAAGUGGUAUAUUGGUAGCGGGGUGUGAUAAAAAAGUUUGCUUCUAUGACACUUUAGGACGAUUGACUCGAAACUUCGAUUAUGCCAGAGAUGACUUGGAACGUGAGUUCGCUAUUGCAGCUUCCAGUCCAAAUGGGCAGGCAGUGGCCGUUGGUAGUUUCGAUCGGAUUCGCAUCUUUACUUGGAGCCCUCGUCAAAAUACUUGGACCGAAUCACUCUGCAAAAGCAUUCCCAAUCUGUACACGGUGACGGCGAUUGCGUGGAGGAAAGAUGGCUCCCGGUUAACGGUGGGAUCGCUUUGUGGUGCUGUUUUAUCCUAUGAAUCGGUUCUACGCAGAACUAUAUGGCAGGAUAAGUUUGAGUUGACGUUCGUUGCUCCAAGUCAAGUGUUGCUUAAGUCUUUGCACGAUCCGUCGAACACGAUGAUUGUUGAAUCUCAGCUUGGACUCGAGAUCGAUGACGUUCGUAUCAUGGGAAAAGAUAACUACUUAGUCGGACGGACGGAAGAUUCGUUGAUUCUUUGUGACCUAAUACGAACGCUUACCAGUGAGAUUCCGUGGAUUGCCACCGGACGCCAUGAACGAUUUUACUUUGAAAAUCCUACCGUCGCGUUGAUAUUUAACGCUGGUGAACUCUCCCUCGUAGAAUACGGAGAAAACUGCAUUCUGGGUUCGGUAAGAACCGAGUUUGUCAAUCCGCAUGUGAUCUCCGUCCGUUUGAACGAGCGGGGAAAUACGAAAAACAAUAAAAAGCUAGCCUAUCUGCUGGACAUGAAAACCGUUUGUGUUGUGGAUUUGAUUCUUCAAACGACGAUAAGUCAGAUAUCGCACGACUCCAAAAUCGACUGGUUGGAACUGAGCGAAACCGGCCACAAGCUGUUGUUUAGAGAUAAAAAGAUGCGACUGUUGUUAGUGGAUAUCGGCACCGGAAAGAAGCAAACUCUGCUAGCUAAGGUCGCCUUCGUACAGUGGGUUCCGUCAAGUGACGUAGCGAUCGCACAGAGUGACUCGAAUCUUGCGCUUUGGUAUAACAUUGAUCUACCGGAACAUGUGACCAUCAUACCCGUUCGUGGAGAUGUAUUCGACGUUAUUCGGGAAGAUGGCAAAACAGAGGUUCAUACACGCGAAGGAGCUUCGGAACAUGUUUACCACUUGGAUGAGGGCCUGGUGGAGUUCGGCACUGCCGUGAAUGAUAGUGACUUCGGUCGUGCGAUAUUCUAUCUCGAAUCGUUGGGGGAUAAACCGGCCGCCAAGGCAAUGUGGCAUAACCUGGCGAACAUCGCUUUGGCACAACAAAAUCUGCGAGUAGCCCAAAGAUGUUUUGCUGCAUUGGAAAAUGCAUCGAAAACAUUCUACUUGGGAGAGAUGAUAAACAUUGCGGAGAAAUAUGAAGAAGAGACCGGAAAUCCCGGGAUGGGUUGUCCCGAAGUGCGAGCUAGAAUGGCAUUGCUAGGAGGAGAUUUAAGGUCUGCCGAAAGAAUUUACAUCGAGCAGGGAAACAUCGAGUCAGCGCUGGACAUGUAUAAGAAUCUUCGCCGUUGGGAUGACGCAAUCAAAUUGGCCGAACGUCGGGGAUAUCAUGGAUUGAACGAACUUAAAGAACAGCAAAUGGAAUUUUUACUGAACACAAAUCAAGAGGAGAAGGCUGGUGAGGUACUAGAGGAGCGUGGUGAAAAGGACAAAGCAAUGACUUUGUAUAUGAAGGCAAACAAACCGGUUAAAGCAGCCAAGCUAGCUUUCAAAACUCCCCAUCUGCUUUCGAACGAGAACUUUAUGUCGCGCGUUUCUGCUUCUCUGGUGAAAGCUGAGCUAUUUGAGUUGGCUGCGGAGUUGGCACAUCGAACAGGACAACAGGAGGUUGCUAUCGACCUCUACCGGAAGGGUGGAGCCUACGCACGCGCGAUCGAUUUAGCACGUUUCGUCUCACCGGAUGAGGUCAUUAGACUGGAGGAUGAGUGGGGUGACUGGUUGGUAUCGAAACGGCAGUUGGAUGCAUCAAUCAGUCACUACAUAGAAGCUGGCAGCACUGUUAAAGCUCUAGAGGCUGCGGUGGGAGCAAAACAGUGGCGCAAAGCGGUUCAAAUAGCGAAAGUUGUUGACGACGCCGAAGAGAUCCGCAAGUACGGUCUUGAGCUGGCUGAGCACCUUUGCUUGAUCGGUGAUAUAAAGACAGCGGAGGAAUUGCUGGUCCGAGCAGAGAUGUAUAAAGAUGCCAUUAAUUUAUUAAAUAAACACGGUCAGUGGGAAAAGGCAGUUGACAUCGCGGAAAAAUAUUUGAACGGCGAAGACGUUCAUGACAUGUUCAUUGGAUUGGCCAAAGACCUUGAGAAGGAUGGUAAAUACAGAGAUGCGGAAAAGGUUUUGCUAACCAUCAAUGAACCCGACAUUGCCAUCAACAUGUACAAGGAGUUGGAGAUGUUCGAUUCGAUGAUACGGCUGGUUGAAAGAUACCACAAGAAUCUACUGCAUCAAACUCACAUAUCUUUGGCCCGACAGCUGGAAGGUAAAGGUCGUUUGAAAAAUGCUGAAGUUCAUUUUUUGGCAGCCGAUGAUUGGAAGGCAGCAGUCCACAUGUACUGCAGUGCCAACAAGUGGGAAGAAGCUCAUCGCGUUGCGAAGCAAAAAGGAGGUGAAAGUGCAUCCAAUCAGGUAGCUUACAUGUGGGCCGUUUCACUCCCAAUCGAAGGAGCAGCUCGACUACUGACGAAGAUGAACCUGAUCGAUAACUCGAUCGCGUAUGCUUGCGAAGCUGGACAGUUUGACUUUGCUCUUGAGCUCUGCAAAGCAAGUGGAAGAUCGGCAGAUGACGUACACCUAAAAAUCGCCAUGGCCCUAGAAGACGAUGGAAAAUUUUCCGAAGCCGAAGCGGAAUUUUUGCUAGCCAACAAACCAAAGGAAGCUAUCAUGAUGCACACCCACAGCGGAGACUGGAAGGCCGCCAUUCGCGUAGCGGAAAAGUAUCUACCGGAAGCGGUUAAGGAGGUACUGCUUAGUCAAGCUGCUGGCGCACUGGAGUCACGUAACUACUCCGAAUACGAAGCCCUGAUGGUUCGUGCCGAAAGACCUGAUUUGAUCGUAGAAUACUACAAAGAAUACAACAUGCUCAGUGAUGCUCUUCGGGUUGCUAAAGAAUACGUUCCCUCUGCUGUUGCUGAAAUUCAAAGGCUACAUGCUAGAGCAAAUCGUGGCAGUGCCACGAACGAUUCGCGCUACCUCCUGCAGAAGGCUUCAGAAUUCGCUAGAGCCGAAGAGUUCAAAAAGGCAGCAGAGUAUCUACUUCAAAUUAGUGAGGCCAAUGCCGACGAAGCUACGGUUGGAAGAGCACUGCUGCGAGCUGCUGAGAUCUGUAACCAAUUUCUCGAUGGUCCUGAUGCGGUGGAAAUCGCCCGAGAACUUGGUCCACGGUUGAUCGAAAUCAAUCAGGUUGGACCGGCAGCUCAGCUGUAUUUGGCAGCGGAAAUGCCUCGUGAAGCCGUUGAUGUGUUUAUUAAAUCUGACAACUGGAACAAGGCACGUCGACUGGCGAAGGAAAUCGAUCCGCAAUUGGUGGCUUAUGUAGAAACGCAGCAAAAAUCAAGCUUGCGAAAUCAAGGAAACGUCGAGCAGCUGGCUGACAUCGAUAUAAUGGGAGCAUUGGACUUACUGGCCGAACAAGGACAAUGGACGCGUUGUAUCGAAAAGGCUAAACAGCACAGUGUUCCAAUCCUGCAGAAAUACCUGGCUCAGUAUGCGGCACAAUUAAUUCGCGAUGGAGACUGCAUUUCUGCCUUAAAUCUAUACCUGGAGCACGGAGUUCCGCCUGUCGCUCAAAAUUUCAACAUCUACAACCGUAUUGCGCUUGAAUGUUUCAACUUGCGCGAUCCAGACGGAGUUCAGGUUUGGAAAAACCUUCGUGACUUUUUGCUAAACUUGGUGCACGCCUUGCGGGGCUCGGAUCAAACGGAGGUCAAUGUAAUUGAUCGUUUUGAGCAGUUACUGAUGAUUGCUCACUACUACUGCACAAGGGAAGCAUGUCGUCAGGCACCUGCUCUGCAGUCAAUUGCUGUCAAGAUUUCCGUUGCUCUGCUGCGUCAUACCGACAUCAUUCCCUGUGAUAAGGGAUACUACGAGGCAGGCAUGGAUUUGCGCGGUAUGGGACGGGAAUCCGAAGCCUUCGUCAUUCUCAAUCACUAUCUGGAUGUGUGCGAAGCGAUCGAGGAAGGAUCUGGCAACCUGAUCGAUCAUUCUGAUCUCUCAUCCACAGAUUUCCCCAGUUCGGUACCGAUACCGGCUGAGUUACACCUGAAGAACGAACCUCAUUUGCACGAGGAAAUCCGUGAGUGGGUUCUUGCUGUCAGCAUGGAUCAGAAGGUCGAUCAGGUACUGCCAACCGACGAUCGUAACUUGUACGAAUCCAGCUUGGGAAUUUCCGAUCAGGCUUGUUUGGUCAGUGGAUAUCCGGUAAUGGGCCGACAGCCGGUGGUGUUUCAGCGUACGCAUCGACUUGCAAAUCGUGACGCCUGGAGUAAGCUUACGGUGGCUGCCAGGAUGGCUCCCCAGACGGACAUCCCUAGUGUGCUGGAGUUCAUUGAGAAGUGGUGUGGACCAGCUAAUUUCUUAUCGGGGUAAAUGUUUCCCAUCAAAACGAAUUUGAAUUUCUGGUUAUUAUAUGAUGAUAUUA